CAUAACCUGUUAAACGAAAAGAUAGAGAACUGUAGAUGAUAUCUCGUGAUUAUUCAAUAUUAAUAUAGAAAAAACGAGAUCGCACGAGGAAAUUUGUUUUAAAUUGAAAGAAUGGGUGAACGUUACAACAUCCAUAGUCAGUUGGAGCAUCUACAAUCUAAGUACAUUGGUACGGGACAUGCAGACACAACCAAGUUCGAAUGGUUAGUGAAUCAGCACAGGGAUUCCUGCAGUUCUUAUAUGGGCCACUACGAUUUGCUAAAUUUCUUUGCGAUUGCCGAGAACGAAGCCAAGGCACGUGUUAGAUUCAAUCUUAUGGAGAAGAUGCUGCAACCCUGUGGACCACCGCCUGAGAAGCCAGAGGAUUAA